CAAACCUGUUGAAUAGAGACAAGCACACUGCGGCGAGACCUGGAGCUAUUUAAUGGCCAUUACGCACAGGGCUUCCCAGUUUACGCACGAUAGAAGCUCUCCUCACGCUGUUUUAGUGACAUCUGAGAAAAAAGGAGGGGAAAUGGAAGACAUAUUUUUUGAUUUUGAUCAAGAUGCUGCCACAGACUUUCCCUUCUGGGGCCAAAUGGACCCUAACUCUCAGUUCCAGUCUCAGAUGGACACGCUGCUCUUUGACUGCAGCGCUAUGACAGGUCAGCUGUCCCCCUGGUCCUCGUUCGGGUGCCAGUCUGUGUUCCCAGAGGCUCAGCUGACUUUCACGGACUUAGACACGCAGUCUCCGCAGCUGGAGGUCGGUGCUGAAGUGGACAGCUCCUCAGUCGACGAUCCCCAUGAGAACAGCAAUCGCAGACAGCGGCGCUUGACGUCCCAUCAUCCGUACAAGGUGCAGCGCCACGCCGCCAACAUCCGGGAGAGGAAAAGGAUGCUCAGCAUCAAUUCUGGAUUUGAGGAGCUGCGCUGCCACGUGCCCACCUUCCCCUACGAGAAACGGCUCUCGAAAAUAGACACAUUAAGAUUGGCCAUUGCUUACAUCGCCCUGCUCAGAGAAAUCCUCAUGUCAGGUUGUGACCCCAAGUCAUAUGUGGAUGAAUGCAUGAAGAACGGCUAUAAGAAUCAGACCAAUGCCAUCUGGAACACAAGUGAUCUGACAGCUCGGCUCUCUUGGAUAAAGUGGGAUUAACUGCACUGUGGGCCGGGAAGAGAGAUGCCUCCUCUCCCUCCUUUCUCACGCUCCUCUUCAAAGCUGGCAUGGCACGACGACACCACGACAUCUGCAGACUUCUCACCGUGUUACACCUCCUGGCACUCGGGACACUUUUUAUAUUCUAAUUUGUUGUGGGUUACAAUCAGACCCCUUUUGCUCAUCCAGACGGUCAUUGUUUGUUGUAAAUGAGGCCUUAUUAGGACAAAGCCGUGGCACUUGUCCUUGUGUUGCUAGAUCAGAGAAUGGGAAUUCGGUAAAAGUUCUGUUUUUUUUGUGCUUCGCUGUUAAAAGCAAAUGUUUUAAAGGGUUUGGCCUGAUGACCACAUUCAGAUUUUAAAUAGGCUAAGUGGCACCUUAAAAUUAUUUUGAGCAAACGCAGGUAGUUUAUCACAACAAUAUUUAUUUGUUAAGUUAUAAUUUUUAUUUAUUAAAAAUGUUUUUUUUAAGUCUUUCUUUUGAAGUUUGUUUGAGUGACUUUCAUAUGCGUAUUUAUUUGAAUAUAUUUAUUUGAAGGCCUAUAUAAAUGCUUGUAUUUUCUGAUUGUAUUUUCUGCAAACUUUCUGAUUGCUAGUAAAUUAAAAAACUUAAAGAUA